AUAAAACGCAUCAGAUAUGCUGCCAUCUAGGGUUCUUCUUAUUGUCUUGAAUAAAGCCGUGUUUUUACAGCCGAGAAGGCAAAGGGGAGUCGUCGCCAUGGGACGAAGACCGGCAAGAUGCUACCGCCAGAUCAAGGGCAAGCCUUACCCGAAAUCACGGUUCUGCCGUGGUGUUCCUGACCCCAAGAUCAGGAUCUACGAUGUCGGGAUGAAGAGGAAGGGUGUCGACGAAUUCCCCUUCUGUGUCCAUUUGGUUUCGUGGGAGAAGGAAAACGUGUCGAGCGAAGCCUUGGAAGCAGCCCGUAUUGCUUGCAACAAAUACAUGGUCAAGUCUGCUGGAAAGGAUGCAUUCCAUUUGCGUGUUAGGGUUCACCCGUUCCAUGUGCUGAGGAUCAACAAGAUGCUUUCGUGUGCUGGGGCUGAUAGGCUCCAGACCGGUAUGAGGGGUGCCUUUGGAAAGCCACAGGGCGUUUGUGCCCGAGUUGCGAUCGGACAGGUGCUCUUGUCUGUUCGUUGCAAGGACAACCACGGUCACCAUGCUCAGGAGGCUCUUCGCCAUGCUAAGUUCAAGUUCCCCGGUCGCCAAAAGAUUAUUGUCAGCAGGAAAAGGGGCUUCACAAAGUUCAGCCGAGCUGAUUACUUGAAGUUAAGACAAGAGAAACGUAUUGUUCCCGAUGGUGUCAAUGCUAAGUUUCUGUCGUGCCAUGGACCGUUGGCAAACAGGGAGCCGGGAAGAGCCUUUUUGUCGGCCACCGUUUAACGUUGCAGGAUUGUAGUGUCCUCCGGUGAAGAAAAAAAACCAUAACUGCUCUGAAGUGUUAUUGAUAAAGUUGUUUUGUGUUGUCUUCAAGUUUCGUUGAACAGAUUCAAUAUCCGUGGUCUUUGUGGGGACAAACUUUGUAGCGUUGAAAUGAUUUUGUUUCGUCGUCUCCUGCUUC